AUGGGUGUAGCGGGACUCUGGGAGGUGCUACGACCUGCUGGGCAAACACAGUCAUUAACACAUCUAUCUGUUACCCAAGGAUUUGAAGCAAAUGCCGGUGGUCGACGAGGCUUUCGCAUAGGCAUUGAUGCCUCAAUUUGGUUCUUUCAUGCCGCGUACGGUAAAGAAGGAGAGAAUCCGGAACUGCGUACACUCUUCUUUCGCUGUUCCAGACUCAUGAGCAUGCCUCUCCUCCCACUCUUCGUAUUCGAUGGUCCAAAAAGGCCUUCUGUCAAACGCGGGAAGAGAGUAAGCGGCAACGCGCACUGGCUCACUACUGGAAUGAAAAAUAUCAUCGUUGCUUUUGGUUUUGAAUGGAGAACGGCUCCUGGCGAGGCCGAAGCUGAGCUUGCGUACCUGAAUCGUAUGGGAAUCAUCGAUGCUGUCCUCUCCGAUGAUGUUGACAACUUUCUAUUUGGUGCCACUAUGGUUAUCCGCAAUCCUAGUAAUACACUGUCCGGAAACCGGGCGCACCCAGUGAGAAACGCCGACGGACGUGAUGACGGAAACCACGUCGUGACGUAUCGCGCCGCUGAUAUCCUCUCCCACGACGAUAUCUGUCUCUCGCAAGGAGGCUGUAUUCUAAUUGGCCUCCUCUCCGGCGGAGACUACCAUCAGGCUGGUGUCCAAGGCUGCGGGAAGCUCAUUGCCGCUGCCCUCGCACGUUGUGGAUUCGGAGACCAACUGCUAGAAGCUGCCAACUCCCUCACCCGCGAGGAGCUAGAGAAAUGGCUUGACACUUGGCGUGAUGAAGUGCGCGAGGAACUGCGUACGAACAAGAGUGGCCUCAUCGGAUCGAAGAAACCUGCACUCGCAAAGAAGAUUCCUGAUGAUUUUCCUAAUGUCGAUAUUCUAUUAUCCUACACCAAUCCUAUCACGAGCGAGACAGAGGGUAAACCCACGCGAGACAUCACUUGGGAACAAGAGCCCGACAUUGGUAAAAUUUCUUCACUUUGCGAACUGUACUUCGAAUGGGGUGUGAAGGACGUGAUCAUCAAGCGGUUUCGCACAGUUUUGUGGCCAAGCGCUGUGCAACGUAUCCUGCGGCGUGGUGCAAUAGAAAAGGACGAGAAAAAAUGCAGAGGUUUACCGAUGAGCCCUAAAAAGAGCAAGACAACAGGCAAACUUGCGCCGGGAACGCCCUCGAAGAUGAUUACAAAGUACUUUUCGUCGAUGAAGCUCCACUCUCCAACCAAAGACAACCGGAAGGACCAAGAGCACAGUGAUACUGAAUCUGAAGCAGAGGAAGAUAGGCUGAUUGUCAAGAUUCACUCCUCGCGACGACACGCGUCUACAGAUGGAAUUCUUGAGUACCGGCUGGAGAUCGCCCCUGCGCAGCUUGUACGACUAGCUGGAGGCGGCGUUCAGGGAAUCAGGCCCCCAAUCGAGGUAGAUGCUGCCUUCGAUGAUACCGAAGGGGAUGAUGAAGAUGAGGAUGAGGAUGACGGAAAGCAAAGGGGCAAGGGAAAGGGAAAGAAACCUCCACCAGAUCCCAAGAGCCACCUUCGUGUGUGGAUGCCAGCAUGUAUGGUGCAAACCGUGGAGCCGGAGCUCGUCGAAGCCUUUGAGGAAAUUCAGCGCAGAAAGCUCGAGAAAAAGACCAAGCGAUCAAAUAAGACAGAUGGGAAGAAGAAGGCU